AUGUGCAAUUACACAUCUAAAAUGGUACACGUCCAACAUCUUAACGAAGCUGUUGAGAAAGAAAUUCUUAUGUUUUACAAAGAACAAAAGUGGCAGGAUAUUGUUAAUUUAGAUUGCACUUUAAGUGAAUUAGACAAAAGCAGAUUGUUUUGGGUAUUACCCACUACCAACGAUUUACAUUGGAUUAAAGAAGUAAUCGAUGAAUACAAUUUAGUUGGAUUAAUAAGUAUAGGAUGCGGAUGUGGAUUGUUCGAAUGGUUGUUUCAAAAGUAUUCCGGUUUCGAUGUAAUUGGCAUAGAGCUAGAUCAUUCGUGGUGGCGUAGCAAAUACUCUCCACCUUUAUUUUUAGAAAAUAUGAUUUUCGUACAUGAAAGCGAUACUAAAAUUUCUCUACCAAACAAUUACGCUCUCCUUUUUUGUUAUUUCAAUAACGGGCCAGCAUUUUGGAAUUAUAUUGAGAAUUAUAAAGGAAAUCUCGUUUUUAUUAUUGGACCUAAAGAUGGUGAAAAUCGAUGGACUGAUCCGAUGCCUUUCGAUCAAAAAUUUAACGAAUACGGUUGGAAGUUAAUAAGUUAUAAAUAUUUAGAACGAACGAAUGAUUGUAUCGCAGUUUAUAGGAAAUAAUUUCCAUUAAUGAUCACUGUAUAAAUAUUUGUAAAAAAUACACCGGAGAAAAUAUUGUAUCGAUCAACUUAAGUUUUCAAUGGAAACAAUGAAAUAAAUAAAUAAAUAUUUUGUAAAAUAA